AUGCUUCCCACGCUUCCCACCCGCUCACGAAGCCUGCUCCACGCCGCCCUCCGACCGAAGCCCUACAUAUGUCAAUCAUGCCUGCGUAGCCUCCACCAAUCGCCCCGCGCCCGCCCAAUUGCCCUUCAGCCCGCCGCCCGCCACCUGCACGCCGCCGCCCGCCUUCACAAUGACGUCGUACCCUUCAGGAAGCAGCUCAAGGACGAGGAGCGGCGCAAGAAAGCCGAAGCCGGCAGCAAGAAGGCCAAGAAGAACAAAAACAACGAAGCAGCCGACCCGCUGCUGGAGAAGUGGGAGUUGACCGUGGGCAUCGAGAUCCACGCCGAGUUGAACACCGCCCGCAAGCUGUUCUCCACCGCCGCCACCUCGACCGCCGACCCGCCCAACACCCACGUCGCCCCCUUCGACGUCGCCUUCCCGGGCACCCAGCCGCACUUCCAGCCCGAGACCCUCAUCCCCGCCCUGCGCGCCGCCCUCGCCCUGGGCUGCCACAUCCAGCCCAAGAGCAGCUUCGACCGAAAACACUACUUCUACCAAGACCAGCCGCAAGGCUACCAGAUCACCCAAUACUACGAGCCCUUCGCCCGCGACGGCCACAUCACGCUGCACGCGCACGACGGCAUCGACGCGCGCGACGGCGCGUCCGUCACCAUCGGCAUCAAGCAGGUGCAGAUGGAGCAGGACACGGCCAAGACGACGGCGCAGCCGCCCGCCAAGACGCACCUGCUCGACUUCAACCGCGUGUCGCACCCGCUCGUCGAAAUCAUCACGCUGCCGCACAUGCACCACGCGCGCACCGCGGCCGCCUGCGUGCGCAAGAUCCAGCACGUGCUCAAGAACGUCGGCGCCGUCACCGCCGGCAUGGAGGUGGGCGGGUUGCGGGCUGAUGUCAAUGUCAGCGUGCGGCAGAGGCGCGCAGGGGAGCCCGGCGGGGGGGAGCCCGGCGGGGGGGAGUACGGCGGGGGGGAGUACGGCGGGGUGAAGGGGUUGGGGCAGCGGACGGAGAUUAAGAAUCUGAGCAGUUUGAAGGCGGUGGAGGAGGCGAUUGUGGCGGAGAGGGACAGGCAGAUUGCGGUGCUGGAGGCGGGGGGCGUGGUGGAGGGCGAGACGAGGGGGUGGACGCUGGGGAGUAAAGAGACGAGGAAGUUGAGGGGGAAGGAGGGCGAGGUCGAUUACCGGUACAUGCCUGAUCCGGACUUGGGGCCGGUGGUCGUGGGGGAGGAUCUCGUGCGGCAUCUGCGAGAAACGCUGCCGGCGUUGCCGGACGAGGUGGUUGAUAUGCUCAUGGGGGAUCCGAGGUAUGGGUUGAGUGUGAAGGAUGCGAAGACGCUGGUCGGGUUGGAUGCGGGCGAUCGGCUUGAUUACUAUCUCGAUGUCGUGGAGAAGCUGAACCAGCAGAUGACGGCGGAAGAGCGGGUGUCGUUCAAGGCGGGCAAGGCUGCUGGCAACUGGGUGCUUAUGGAACUGGGUGGCUUGAUGACCAGCGCAGAUGUCGAUUGGUCCGACGACAUCGUCCCAGCCGAGCAGCUCGCAUCCAUCAUCCUUCACUCGCUGCGGGGCCAGAUCACGGGGCCGACUGCGAAGCAACUCCUUUCAAAGGUAUUCUACGGCGACGAGCGGCCUGUCGAGCGCAUCGUCGAAGAGGAGAAGCUCUUGUUGGUUCCAAUGACGAGAGAAGAGUACCUGUCGUUGGUGCAGGAGGUGCUCAACGACAACCCAGACACGAUCACGGCAAUCAAGGAGAAAGGGCAGACUGGGAAACUCAUGUUUCUUGUGGGGCAGACGGUGCGGCGGGGAGAUGACGGCAGGGUUGAGGCGAAGAAGGUGGAGGAAGUGCUGAGGGAGUUGCUCGAGAUACCCGCGUAA